AUGUUAUGGGACUUUAAAGGUCAGCCAGGCAUUGCUGAAGAGGGCUACAACUAUCCCCGACCAGAUAAUCCUCUAAAUUCGGACAGACCAGGCUCAGGUGGAAUUACCUCGAGACCCGUAGGUCCAAGUGGUUUUACUAAAAAACCUUCGAACGACUAUCCUUCCGAGACCCCAUCACCAAUAUCCGGAGUUAAAUCUACCGGAGGUUACCCAUCGGAAGGUCCAGGUAGCUUCCCUAGUGGACCGUCAUCUAACAGAGGAAAUGGAUAUCCUUCUAGACCUGUAAAUGGUCAAAGACCGCCGAGUAGCGAUGGCUAUCCAUCGAAUAAUCAACCAUCGAUUCGAAAUGGAUAUCCUUCGGAAAUCACGAAUGGACAAAGGCCGUCGAGUGAAAGCGGAUAUCCUUCUGGUGGCCCGAGAGGGCAAAGACCUUCGGGUAAUAAUAUUUUUCCAUCUGGUGAUGAUGAAAAAUCUCCAAGCGAACAUGGCUAUCCCUCCGGCAAUAAUAAAGUUUCUGGAAGGCCUAGUGGCAAUGAGCGAAGACCUUCGACGAAUUUACCGUCCGGAAAGCCUAGUCCUGGUGAAAAGACGCUCACUCCAUCUCACGAAGGUUAUCCUAGUGGUAGACCAGAAAAUCCACUCGAACUUCCGGCACCCAAUUAUUCUCAACGACCCGGAAGUCGCCCGGGUGGCAAUUUUCGUCCCACUUCGGAAAUAGGCGGAUCGAAUUUGCAACCCGACCGACAGUUUUCCAACGAAGGGUAUCCAAGUAAUAAGCAGGGUUCAGGACAUAGUCCUGGAGGUUACACGACUGGAGGUCGUAAACCUGGAAACGAAUUAGAGGGACCAAACAGCGGUGGAUACCCAGGAGGACGACCAAGCGAUGAUUUUCCUAGUAGUGGCAAAACCCCAGGAGCCCAACAACGACCUCCUAGCCCAAAUCCAAGUGGAGGAUCGAGUGGGAGAUAUCCCAAUCCUAAUCAAAUUCCUGGUACUGAACAAGGUCCUCAGAGACCAUCAAUUGGAUCUUCAGUAGGAUCAAGCGGCGGUCAAUUUCCAGGAGGCUACACCAGUGAACGUACAGGAUCUCCAGCCAGAGAUAAAAUAAGACCACCAAACGGACUUUAUCCUCCUCCUGAAAUUGGAUCGAAACCUGCUGCCCCUGGCUUACCUAAACCAUCAAUUCCUGCCACAUCACGCUUCCCAAGUGAAAGCAAAAGACCAUCUCCAAAUAAUUAUCCAGACGAAGAAUAUCCUGGUCCAGCUCCACCUCAAGAAACAGAGGGUCCUUUUACCGGAUAUCCAAGCUCAGGCCCUCAAGGACCUUCGCAAAGACCUAACGGUGGACAAAGUCCAUCUUCAAGAUAUCCUUCAAGUGGACAGAGACCGUCCAGUGGUUAUCCAAGUAACGGCCGGGGGCCAUCUAUUGGAUAUCCAAGUUCUCAUGGCCAAAGUCCAUCCAACGAAUAUAGUAAUCAAGGACCAGUUGGGGGAUUACCUAGUAGUGGACAUAGUCGACCGGAAGGAUAUCCAAGUGGUAGACCCAGCAUUGGCUUUCCCAGUGACGGACAGACUCCAUCAGGAGGAUAUUCGAGUAAACCGCAAAGACCAACAGGAGGAUUCCCCGGUGGAAUAGAAACACCAUCAGAAGGUUAUCCGAAUGGAUCACAAAGACCAUCAGGAGGAUAUCCAGGUGGACCUCAAAAACCAUCAGGCGGAUACCCGGGUGGAGCACAAACGCCAGCAGGAGGUUACCCGAGUGGGCCUCAAAGACCUUCGGAAGGAUAUCCGAGUGGACUACAAAGGCCAUCAGGCGGAUAUCCCAGUGAACCGCAAGGGCCAUCAGAAGGACAACCAGGUGGAGCACAAACACCAUCGGAAGGAUACCCAAGUGGACCCCAAAGACCAUCAGUAGGAUAUCCUGGUGCGCAACAGAGACCACCAGGAAGACAACCAGGUGGAGCACAGACACCAUCAGGAGGUUAUCCUAGUGGACCGCAGGGACCAUCAAACGGAUAUCCUAGUGGACAACAAGAACCAUCAGGAGGACAACCAAGUGGACAACAGGGACCAUCAGGCGGAUAUCCUAGUGGACCGCAGGGACCAUCAGGCGGUUACCCAAGUGGUGGACAAACACCAGUAGGAGGAUAUCCGAGUGGGCCUCAAAGGCCGUCAGGAGGACAACCAGGUGGAGCACAAACGCCAUCGGAAGGAUACCCAAGUGGAUCACAAGGACCAUCAGGAGGAUAUCCCAGUGGGCAACAAGGACCAUCAGGAGGAUAUCCCAGUGGGCAACAAGGACCAUCAGGAGGAUAUCCCAGUGAGCAACAAAGACCAUCAGGAGGAUAUCCAAGUGGGGCUCAAAAACCAUCAGUCGGAUACCCAAGUGGUGGAGCACAGACACCAACAGGAGGAUAUCCCAGUGGGCAACAAAGACCAUCAGGAGGAUAUCCAAGUGGAGCUCAAAAACCAUCAGUCGGAUACCCAAGUGGUGGAGCACAGACACCAACAGGAGGAUAUCCCAGUGGUCCUCAAAGACCAGCUGGAGGAUAUCCCAGUGGUUCCCAAAGACCAUCAAGCGGAUACCCAAGUGGUGGACAAAUACCAGUAGGAGGAUACCCGAGUGGGCCUCAAAGGCCGUCAGGAGGACAACCAGGUGGAGCACAAACGCCAUCGGAAGGAUACCCAAGUGGACCCCAAAGACCAUCAGGAGGAUAUCCUAGUGGACAACAAGGACCAUCAGGAGGACAACCAGGUGGACAACAGGGACCAUCAAGAGGUAUCCCAAAUGAAGGACAAGGACCAUCAAGAGGUAUACCAAGUGAAGGACAAGGAUCGUCAGGAGGAUUCCCAAGUGGAGUACAGACUCCAUCUGAUAAAUAUCCGAAUAGAGGGCAGAGCUCGUCGGAUGGUUUUCCUAGUGGUGGGCAGGAAACUUCUGCAGGAGAUAGUAAUGGCUCUUCUUUCGACAGUGACUUUUCGGCUAUACCAGGAGAACCAGGACAGGAUUACCCAAUUUAUUCAGAAAUUCCAGAAACAAGUUUCAGCUGCGAUGCGCAACAAUUUCCAGGUUAUUACGCUGACAUCGAAACACAGUGCCAAGCUUUCCAUAUUUGCAUAAAUAAUCAAACAUUUGAUUUCUUAUGCCCAAAUGGCACGAUUUUUAAUCAACAAUAUUUUGUUUGUGUUUGGUGGAAUCAGUUUGAUUGCAGUUCAGCCGCGGAUUAUUAUUUCCUUAAUGAAAACAUUUAUGAUUAUACGAUAAUGGGAAAUCCACAGCAACCCAUACCAUUCCCUGAAGGUGUAUCACAAACGUCACAGGGACCACGUGGUCAGAAAAUUCCAUUAGCGCCGCUUGGUCCUCAAACGCCGCAACAAGGAUCUCAAGGAACUGGAAGGCCAUUGGAACCUCAAAGUCCUGGAGCAUUCACUGGAUCGGUACAACCUAUCGGACAAACGAGAUUCCCCGCAGGCUCUGAAGUAUCCAACCUUCCUAAUUCUCAGUCGCCUGAUUCCAAUGGAUAUUCAUUUGGUAAGUCGCCAUCACAACCAGGAGGAUAUCCCGACAAUAAUAAUAAUCAAUAUGGAGCGCCAAAAGAUCAAGUACGUCCAAGUUCAGUAGGAUUAGGUUUAGAUAACGAUAGGACAUACAAAGCGGAUCAAGAAUCACAGAGUCCCGGUCAAUAUCCGAGCGCGCAUCAACCAUCGUUUCCAAGUGAAAGACCUCAAGGUCCAUUACAGCAACCAGGUAGUGGUAGCCAAGGUUAUCCAAGUGACAAACCAAGAGGUCCAAGCUUCCCUCCCGAAUCUACGUUCCCGAGCAGUUUUCCUGGCAGGAGACCGGAAACAGCUCAAAAUCCCGCAAAACCCGAUCGUGAAUAUCUGCCGCCGCGUACAGGUUAAUCGAAAUUAUUUUUGAAAUAGCUAUUGCUCCAAACCAGCUCAAUGCUGUUUUCAGUGCAAAAAUAUAACUGUAAAUACAAGCAUUCUCUUACCUAUUAAUUUAAGUGACAUAAGAUUCACAUGUUAUGCAUCUACAUUUAUAAGAAU